AUGGCUGUCCCUCAGAUAAUUAAGACGCCCCUUACAGAUCUGUUAGGGGUCAAGCAUCCCAUCAUUCUUGCAGGCAUGGCACGGGCUUCUUCUGGGUCAUUGGCAGCCGCAGUGUCUAAUGCAGGUGGCUUCGGCGUCAUAGGAGGGCUGAACUAUUCUCCUCAGCAAUUACAAGACAUCAUCGACGAAUUCAAAUGGCAUUUGACAGAUAAGUCGCUUCCAUUUGGGGUGGACCUGGCGCUUCCUAAAAUUGGAGGGGGGGCUCGAAAGACGAACAGAGACUAUACCAAGGGUCAAUUAGAUGAGUUGAUCGACGUCGUCAUCAGGAACGGUGCAAAGUUGUUUGUCUCUGCUGUGGGCGUUCCGCCUCCACACGUGAUCGAAAGACUUCACUCAGCAAACAUACUGGUAAUGAACAUGGUCGGCGCUCCAAAACAUGCCAGGUAUGCUCUGGACGCUGGUGUUGAUCUCAUCUGUGCCCAAGGCGGGGAAGGGGGAGGCCACACGGGAGUCAUUGCCAGUUCAAUCUUAAUACCCGCAGUGUGCGAUGUUGUGUCCAAAUAUCGCUCACCUAUGACUGGAAAUUCUCCUCUGGUUGUCGCGGCGGGAGGAAUCAGAGACGGUCGAUCCCUCGCCAGCGCUCUUAUGCAGGGAGCGGCUGGUGUUUGGGUGGGGACACGCUUUCUGGCCUCAGUUGAAAGCGGUGCUAGCCAAAUGCAUAAAGAAGAGGUGGUUACAGCGAACUUCGAAGACACUGUCACGACUCUGGUCGUCAGUGGUAGGCCAAUGAGAGUGAAAGCGAACGACUAUAUCAAGGCCUGGGAGAGACGUCCAGAGAAGAUCAAGGAGCUGACCGAGGCGGGAAUAGUACCCUACACAAAAGAUGUAGAAGAUGGCAACGAAGAAGCGGAUCGACCUUUUCUAAUGGGUCAAGUCGCUGCAGUCAUUGACAGCAUAAAACCCGCUGGGCAAAUAGUGGAGGAAAUGGUUACUGAGGCUAGUCAAAUGAUUAGGCAAGGCACGAGAUACCUAUGCCUUGAUGCGAAAUUGUAA